AUGGCAGAGGCUUUCAUUGGCAAAUGGAGACUUACAAGCUCCGAGAAAUACGAUGAGUACAUGAUAGCCAUUGGCGUUGGACAAGUUACACGCAAAAUGAGCAACGCUGCCACACCAAUUAACACCAUUUCCAUGGAUGGUGAAUUGAUCAAAAUAUCAACAUCCACAACCUUCAAGAACACAGAAAUUAUGUUCAAGUUGGGGGAGGAGUUUAAUGAGACUACAGCUGAUGGCCGUGAAGUCAAGUCAUUGGUGACCCUUGAUGGGAACAAACUGAUCCAUGUUCAGAAGUGGGAUGACAAAGAGACGUCUCUUGUCCGAGAAGUUAAUGGGGACAGUCUCACACUGACACUAACUUUUGGUGACGUGGUCUCAACACGAUCCUUCAUGAAAGUAGAAUGAAGUUCCUCACAACUGUCUCAACAGCCAUGUCCUAAAAAUAAAAAAAAACCUCAGCUUA